AAAACGGAAUAUUCCUUUAACAAACAUAAUUGUAUGGUUUACAUCAAAAGAAGCUUCACUUCAGCUACGCACAUUCACAUGCACAAGGGAAAUUACACGGAUUGAACAGGAUCCAACUUCACCAAAGGGAACACUAAUCACCCUAACGGUGAGUUUACACAAAACAACUAAUCACAACAACAGUAAUACUAAAUAGAGCUAAAAUCUCUAUGAAUUCUUAAUAACAAUUAAUUAAAUUCCCCAAUAAGUUCCUUUUGACCAAACAAACAUGCUUAAAUUAUUCAAACGCAAGGGCUUCUGUGUAUUCCCCCCAAGUACUUGAUAGUUUGAGUUAGUAGUACUUAAAAUCCUAAUUCUCGCAAUUAUUCUUUAACUUUAUUUAUAACUCUAAAUUCACCUACACAUUAAUGCAAAUUAAGUAAAGCUAAGAAUGUUAUAAAUAUGGAGUAGAAGCUAUUUCUUUUCCUUCGUGAUGGCUGUUGAGCUAAUGAAUAGUUUUUUUGUUUUGUUUUUUUCACUGUAGAUACUGUAUAAAAAAGAUAGAAAAACCUUUAAAGGUAGAUACAAAUGUUGCAGAUUAAGUGUCAGGUAAUGGGGAACAACCUAGACUAGGGAAUGUCUGUAAGUUGAAUUUUGUAGAAAGCAUCUGAACAAAAACAGACAACCCACUAUAGCGGCAGCAUUGUGAUCAAUGGUUACAUAUACUUUCGUGUGAUGUUACAGUUCUAAACAUUUGCUUUGAUGUUUUCUGUCUUCUCAGAGUUAGUGUCAGGCGUCUCAAAUGGAGACAGAAGCCAUGGAUGUCCAACAGCAGGACGCAGGGCAGAACAGUGUCCCGGACACGGUCAAGACCCAGGAGAAUCAUGUCCAUGUGCACACAACACAACCACAGGCCACUGGCAAACCCGAAGAAGUCACAGGUCAUAUCUCAGCAGACAUUGUGUGCACUGACAGUAAUCAGGAUCACAGCAGAAGCAGCGAAUCUCUGACAGACACGGUCAUAACCAGUGACGAUGCUCUACUGCUACCUGACCAUAUAGCUACACUUUCACACAAAAUAGAGAAAAGCAAUGAGAAGCCAAGCCUUCCUAAUGGAUCUCCUCCAGGCAUCGUCACCAAUGACUCUGCUGUCAUCUCUACACCUCCUACUACUUCAUCAGGAGGAAGGGCACCUCAUGCUAAAACUCCACAGAAAUGCAAUGGACAUGCGAAGUGUAACGGUCACAGACACCCUCACAAGAAACGUCCGACCUCGACCUUGACCACCAAGAGCCAGCAGAGCUUCAAAGGCGAUGCUUCACAGAUACAACGUGUGGCUGGAGACGACUGCUGUGUGCACUGUAUACUAGCCUGCUUGUUCUGUGAGGUGUUGUCUUUGUGUUCAGUCGUGGCUCAGUGUUUGGCCUGCGGUCUGGAGUGUGACGCUCUCUGCUGCUGUGGUGAAGCAGCCACCGGAGGACUGGCGUGCUGUGCUGAGAACACCUGCUCUGCCCUGCUGGACUGUGGGAUACUGGAGGACUGCUGUCAGUCUUCAGACUGUCUGGAGAUCUGUUUGGAAUGCUGCUCCAUCUGUUUCCCUGCAUAGUACUAAAGCAGCCAAUGGGAUUCUCAACAGAAUGAUACAGAGCGCAGCAGUCUGGUUUCGGAAGUUAAAAUCUCAUUCAUUUUUUCCAUAGGGGAACUGAUUAUAAAUGAUAAUAAUAAACCAUAAAAGACAGACUGAACUCCAAGGUUGUUUAUCGAUGGUAUAUGCCUCUGUUAAAGCCAUCAAUCCAUUAUUUCAACUUUUUGGUUAUUUCAAAUUAUAUUUAAAAGUGGAAUUACUGGUAAAAAACGACACUAUCCAUAAUCCUGAGGGGGAAAAUCCACCAAUCACAGAAUCGUGACAAACAAACCAUGGCAAAGGAGCCCAGUCUAUUAUUGAUCAAACAAACAGAUAGUCCCCCCAACUCACGCCACCGGUUGUUGUGUCGGUCUAGACGGGGCAUACAAAACAUACAGAGAAAUGUUUAUAACGCCACAGAGACAGAGUGUUUAACUUUUGAGAAAAUUAACCUACAAAUGGCGUACUUUCCAUUGUCUCUGCAUAUUAAGGUACAGAAGAAGUAAGUAUUUUAACACCGAACAAGUUGCACACUUAAAGACGGUGAGUACACAGUCUGUUCGUUCAAUUUUUUAAUACUUUUUUGAUUGAAAUCAAAGUUUGUAAUGUAGUGAUUCACCUCGGAGCUGGCUGGUUUGGUUCAUGUCUUAGAACUCUUUUAUGACAUUUCCUAUGUAGAAAAUGAAUGGGAAAAAAACUUCCGGAACCAAGGCGGCUGAAAAAGUGGGCGGGCACUGCUGUGCUCUGUUGAGUGCACAAAGGACUUUAUAAAACAUACAGAAAAGUAUUCUGCAAUGCAUUUUUUAUUUAUUUAGUGUAAAGGAUGAAUUUGAUGCUUAGCGCAAAGUUUGUUCUGUAUAAGGCUUCGCAAUGAAUCAAACAGGGACUAAUUCUGACAUGGACUUAAAGGUGCACCAAGUCAUUUUUUUUUUGUUUGUUUUUU